UUUCGGUUGCUGCCACUGCUACUACAAAAAAAUUACUGUCACAACUCUGAAGAAAAAAUGGGGCCAAGUAGCGAAGAAGAGCGUGAUGGCUUUAAUCAAACGCCGCUACAAAUCCCUGGAUUGCUCUAUGUAUCGGUGAAGAUGGAGAACCCCAACCUCACUCUCGUUGGGGACCUUCUCCCUCACGUAUCUGGCUCUUACCCUCUCGCCCCUUCGCGGGAUCCUUCCGAAGCUCUUUCAAUGGAACGGGAAUCAGCUUCAAUGUGGGAGUUGAGCUUUGUUGUUCCACCUAAUCAUGAGGCUUUGGAGUUCAAAUUCCUUUUAAAGCCCAAGGACAUUAAUUCACCUUGUUUUGUUGAGGAGGGUCCGAGUCGAAUACUUGUUGGGGGAGCAUUGCAAGAUGGUGCCAGGCUUGCUUUGUUUAGGCUUGAUAAUGAUCGAGUUCUUGAGUAUCGAGUGUUUGUUGAAGCAAGAAGGGUUUCUCCCUUUGACCUUGCAGUUAGUUGGAGGGUUUAUCAGGAGCAUUUCCGUCUUUCGGCAGUUCGUGGGAUACCUGAUGUCAGCAUAAAUUCAGAACUUCAGACUGGUGGUGAGAAUGUCUCUUCUGUGGGCUUGGAACUUGAUCUCGAGCAUUAUGUUGUCCCAACUCCCUCAGUUUCUGCAAAUUCAGCACUUGUAUAUGCUGCUAACUUGACAGAGAAUCCCAGAUCAUUAAGUAGUGGGUCUGCCAGCAUUUCAUCUUUAAUUGAUCAAUCUGCAACAGUAAAGGUGAGGGAGGUUAAUGCCCCAGAUUCAUCUAAGAUGUUUCAAUUCCAAAGUCCUGGAAUGGUUAAAUCUCAAUCAGUGGGAACAAUUUCAUCUCUGCCAAAGGAAGAUGAUCAGAGGGGACUUCUUGUUGAUAGGGGUGUUGGAUCUCCCAGAAUUGUAAAAUCUUCUAGUUCAAACACUUUCACUAAUCUUAAUUUGGAUACUAAUACUGAGAAUUCAAUUCCAGCAGCUGCUGGAGCUGUUGCAGCUGCUGCAAUUGCUGAUCAGAUGCUAGGUCCCAAGGAGGAUAGACAUUUGGCUAUUGUCAUGGUGAGUCUGCCAGCUCGAGGCAAAACUUACACUGCAGCUAAACUUACAAGAUAUCUUCGUUGGUUAGGUCAUAAUACCAAACACUUCAAUGUUGGUAAGUAUCGUCGCCUUAAGCAUGGUUCUAGUCAGUCUGCUGACUUCUUUCGAGCUGAUAAUCCUGAAGGUGUGGAGGCACGUAAUGAGGUAGCAAAGCUGGCAUUUGAAGAUAUGAUAUCUUGGAUGCAAGAAGGUGGCCAGGUUGGGAUAUUUGAUGCCACAAACAGUAGCAAGAAGCGACGAAACAUGCUGAUGAAACUGGCUGAAGGUAGAUGCAAGAUUAUCUUUCUGGAAACAAUAUGCAAUGAUGCAGACAUAAUUGAGAGGAAUAUACGUUUUAAAAUUCAGCAAAGUCCUGACUAUGCAGAAGAACCAGAUUUUGAGGCUGGGUUGCGGGACUUUAAAGAGCGCGUAGCCAAUUAUGAGAAGGUUUAUGAGACGGUAGAAGAAGGAUCUUACAUAAAAAUGAUUGACAUGGCCAGUGGAUGUGGUGGGCAAAUACAAGUAAACAAUAUCAGUGGCUACCUACCUGGUCGGAUUGUCUUUUUCUUGGUUAAUACACAUCUUACACCAAGGCCAAUAUUACUUACCCGGCAUGGAGAAAGUCAGGAUAAUGUGAGGGGAAGAAUUGGAGGAGACUCUGCAUUGAGUGAGGCUGGAGAAAUUUAUAAAAAGAAGCUUGCCAAAUUUGUUGAGAAGCGUCUCAAGUUAGAACGAGCUGCUUGUAUAUGGACUAGUACACUGCAGCGAACAAUUUUGACAGCAGGUCCAAUUGUUGGAUUUCCAAAGAUACAAUGGCGUGCGCUUGAUGAGAUAAACGCUGGUGUGUGUGAUGGGAUGACAUAUGAAGAAAUCAAGAAGAACAUGCCAGAGGAGUAUGAAUCCCGCAAUAAGGACAAGCUUAGGUAUCGUUAUCCUCGUGGAGAGUCUUACUUGGAUGUUAUUCAAAGGUUAGAACCUGUAAUUAUUGAGCUUGAGCGACAACGAGCACCUGUUGUUGUGAUAUCUCACCAGGCAGUUUUGAGGGCAUUAUAUGCUUAUUUUACUGACAGGCCUUUGAAAGAAAUUUCAGAUAUUGAGGUACCCCUCCAUACAAUAAUAGAAAUACACUUGGGAGUUACAGGAGUCGAAGAGAAAAGAUACAAACUGAUGGACUGAAAGGUGAAGAGAAAUUAAAGGGGAAGGAUAUAUUUUUUAAGUUAACUUCAUCAAAAAUUUUGGCUUAUGAGAAAAAAUGACAUUAUCUUGUAAGUUGUAAUUUCUAAAACCUCUUUUAUUCAUUUGCAUAAUAAGAAUUCUUUAGUUUCCAAUAUUUGAAGAAUUUUGAAAAUCAAAACAAAAAGGAUACAACUUAUU